UGACAAGAGACACUCCCCCCCUUUUUUUCGCCUUUUGUUCCGAGGUGGAGCCUGACACCCCGACUUUACCGAACCUGACUGCUGGCGGAGGAGAGAGAACCGGGACCAGCGAACAUUGGCGCGUCUCUGGUACGCAGCUCGGGGAGGGAACCUCACUAGACGGCUUCAGGGAAGGAAUCAGCUUACAAAUCCUACAAACCGACAGUGAUCGACAGAUCCGCACGAAAAGAUGAAUUAUUUUAUACUCCUGUCUGUUCUGGCCACGGUGGUUACCGGAAAGUCACCUCGCCUGAAAUUUAUUGUGCACGAACCCCCCAGGUUCCACUUCAACAAGCCUGAGAACUACAUCAGCAUGUACCACCAGGAAGGAAGUGACACACUUUAUGUCGGCGGCCAAGCAACGAUCUACGUGUUGACAUUCAGUGAUAAAAAGGUUGUUGACAUGCAGAUCCCAGCGGCAUCGGAUCAGACUGCAAUUGAUACCUGCAAGGCAAAAGCUUCUCCAGAUGAGAUGGAGUGCGACAAUUUCAUCACCGUCCUUCAGAAAGUUAAUGACACAUUCAUAGUAUGUGGGACGAAUGCUGGAAGCCCCAGAUGCUGGAUGCUGGUAAAUGACACGGUGCUGACAGACGUCCAAGGCGGUGGGAUGAUAGCGCCAGCCUCUCACAUCUCACCUCCCUUCCCUUCGCAGAAGUCAAUCAACUUGCCUGCAGAUGGGAGUCUGUAUUCGGCCAUGUCAUCAGUAGGAGGUCACACCGGCUUGAUCCGUCGUACUUUUGGCUCCCAGAAACUCCUGAAGACGGAAAAUGUUUGGCUGCUGAAUCCUCAGUUUGCUGGAGCAUCCAUAAUCCCUGCCUCGGAAAAGUACAAAGAGGAGAUCUAUUUCUUCUUCACGGAGUUCAACAAAACAGCCCGAGUGGAUGAGGAGCCACACAGGGCCCGCAUAGGUCGAAUCUGCACGGUGGAUGAAGGGGGCAUCAAAGCCCUCCUGCCAGAAUCUUUUACCACCUUUUUCAAGGUUCGGGUGAUGUGUGGCGCAGGCAACACACAGCAGCAGUACAACAACAUGAAGCAGGCUGUGGUCCUGACAGCUCAGGACAAGAGGGCUGGAGUCAUGUAUGGCCUUUUUUCCAACGCAUGGGGAAGAACGGUGGUCUGUGCCUAUUCCAUUGAAGAUAUUGAUCGAGCCUUCUCUAAUUCUAAACUGAAAGGCUACAGCAGCUCAUUUGGUGGCACUCGACCAGGGAUGUGUGUACGUAAAAGUCCAUCACCAGCAGAUGCUCAGAACAACGUCAAAAACCUUGGCAUCAUGAGAUACUACCCUGAAAUUGAGGAUGUAAUUCGGCCGGUUGGUGUGAAUCCACUUGACCUCCCCACAGAUGAUCAAAUCACCCACGCUGUUGCAGAUAUUGUCCUGGCAGUCAAUGAUGAGCAUUACACUGUCCUGUACCUCGGAACAGAUCAAGGCAAAGUUCUCAAGGUUCUUCACACCAUCCAGGAUGUCUUCAUCAUAUCUCAGUAUUCUCUGUUCCACAACGAAGGGCCUGUUCUAAAUAUGGCCAUCGACUCACAAAAGGGUCACUUGUAUGUCGGUACUGCUAUGGAAGUCCAGCGUCUGCCUUUGGCUGACUGCAGGCGCUAUGGCCACACAUGCAGAGAGUGCAUCCUCUCCAGGGAUCCUUACUGUGGUUGGGACAAGGCCAGGAGGAAGUGCAUCGCCAUCCCGCCAGGAUACAACGUCACAACUGGAACUCUUAUUCAGAAUCUUGAUAGUUCCAACUCCUCCAUUUGUGAGGAAGCUGCUGCACUUAAGCUGCGGCAAACUUCGCCCAGAGAGAUUGUGGUGAAAGGAAAAAACACCACCGUGUUUCUGCCCUGCCCGGUUCACUCCUUUCAUGCCACCUACCGCUGGGAGAAGGACAACUGCCAAAGGAACUACCCGUGCCUGUUCUCCGGAGACUUCUGCGUACUGGGCCCGGUUGUUAACACUCCCUUGAAGGAAGGUGUCUUCCGCUGCAUGGCCACUGAGGACGGAUUCAAGGUGGAAGUUGUUUCCUUCAGGCUGGUGAAUGAUGGGAGGCUUUUAUCUGCUUCAUUUGCCUCCAUCUUGGGCCUUUCAGCCCUGCUUGCUGUGGUGACCCUAUGGCUUCAUUAACUAUAGCUAACACUGAUGCUAUCUUCUCUUUUGUAGUGGCUCCAACUGACAGGAUAAACAAGGAGCCAUUGUGGGAGUUAGGUUUGCAUUGCACCGGCACUCAUGGAUAGGUUGUGCACUGACAACUGAACCUUUUUUUAUUUAGGUUUUUAUCAAGAAAUAUAUUAGUAUAAAAAAGUUCAAGCUAUCCUAUCCACCUUAUUUUUGAACAUGGAAGUAAAUGUAGGUCCAGGUUCCGGUUUUUCUGUGACCCUUUCAUUUCUCCACUUUCCUGGGCUAACUAACAGCAGCUUAGCUAAACUUGUGAACUUUGUUGUGGGUACAUUUCCUAAAAUUGUUGAACAAACAAUUUUGUUUGAGGGUGCAAGUUAGCACCCUCAAACAUUUCACAAGUGGGAUGAUGAUAUGAAGAAGUGACCUCACUUAACAUAUGAGGACAUUUUUAACUAUUUUGUGUUGUCACUUGGUGCGGAGAUGGCCAGGUGCUCCUGUGUCGCAGGUGAGGGGAAGUCAUGCAUUGGUGAUAUUAUGGAAGGUAGGCUAAUAAAUUGUCACUUCAGUGCAUGCUAACUUACAAGAUGCGUCUUUGUUUUAAUUAGAUUGUAAUUCAGUUUAAUUUUCUGCAAAACAAAAACCACAUAAGUCCAUCAUCUCUAUUAUUGUUCAUUGAAAUAAUUAUAUUGCAUUGCUACUCUUAAGUAAAAUUUUGGGAUAUUCUUUCUGAUACGAGAAACUUCAUUGAAUAGAGAACAAACAUGUUUUACCCAAAGAUGAGGAUGACAAUGAAACACACCUACAGUUUACAUUAAAGCAAGACUUCAUUUUGUUUGUAAGCUGCUUCUUCUUUUUUUUCCCCAUCUUGCUGCUGAACUUGUGCCAUUUACUGGUAGUGAAUAUACAGUAAGGACAGUACUGUAAAGAAUAAAUGUUUUCACUUUACUCUUAGAGCACACUCAGGCGUGUAUACCCAUACAUAUAAAUAUACUUCCAUACAUACAUUCAUUGCCCGGUCUUCUUUUGAUUUUGUGUCCAUCAAAUGAAAAGAGCAAACAUACGGUUGCUCUCAAAUUUAAAGCUUUUAACCACAGGCAAAGGGAUUCCUCAUCCCUUGGCAGGGGAUGAAGGUCAUAGGGCACCAAACAUCCACGUUCAGCUCUAGAAACUGGUUUGUGACUUAACGACUUCUGCUCCAAGUAUUUCUUUCCUUUGAACCAGGAUAUUCUCAAAGCCAUAAUGUUAAGUUAGUUAUUAUGAAGACGGUGAACAGUAAGUUAGCUAGCCAGCGGCCGGAAGUGCCUGACCAAAAGUCACGCACAAAAAACACCAUUUGUGUCUAUAUUUCUGUUAAAAAUAAGGUGGAUAUCUUGGUCAAAAAUAACAUAUCUACAGCUGCAACUGAUUGCAUGGGAUAAAAACUGUAAAAUUCAGAACUUUGCUGACUAAUAAUGUCAUUCAACCAUGAUGUGGUGCUUUGCGAACCUUUCUUCUCUUACUAAAAAAAGAUGAACAUAUCCAGUGAGUUGGGCAAAAAACACCAAUACCAGGCCAAUUCUUUUAAACUUUUCUCUACAUAUUUUGAAAUUACCUUGAUUGUGCUUAUUUGUGGAUAUGUAAACCUUUAAUAAUGCUAUUACAUCUCUUCAUUCCUCUUGUUCAACUUUAUUGUCUAAGCUCAUUGAAACCUAAAAAUGUCUGGUAUUGAGAUUUUAAAAGCCUUAAUACUUUGGGACAUGGACUCCUAAGCACAAUUUUGCAGUUGAGGGUGAAAACUGCAGACUCAGUUGGACUUGGGAAAAUGUUCAGUGCAGCUGAGACUAACAAUGUGGCUGGGAGGAAGUGACAGCUUUUAGAUGGAAAGUAGGAUGGGCCUCGAACAUCACUGUGUCUCUGCACUUCCUCCUCAGACUGGGCAGUUUCUAGCAAUGUUACAGCAGAUGGUUUCAAACAACAUAACUUUGCCUUGUUCACAGCUUCAUGCAUUGCUCUUUUCCUUUCAUCAUGCCAUCAUCUCUCAUUUACCCUGUCCUCAUAAUCUGUGAUAUUCAAUUAAAUGUCAUUCUUAUUUAAAGUUAGGUACAGAGAUAGUGAUCUUUUUAAGUAGAUGAUGGCAUGUUGUUACCACAAUCCAUUAAUGUACGUCAAAAUUGGGAAAUUAGAACACAUAGCUCCUGGUCAGAGGAGCAGUUUUCUUUGUAAAUAAUGAAAAAUGAUUUCUUUAUACCAGACCAGUGGCGGUUUUUGAUAUGGGUGAAUUUGCUCUUUGCCCAGGUUGCCCUUUUGUCAUGAGGAAGGUUGUCCUGUUCUGUUAGUUGCACCCAGAUUGAGUUUUUAUUGUGUAUCUGCAUGUCAAUGGGGACUGUUUGCCCUCCUAUGUUGUGCACAGUUUAAGCACUGUGAGUAAACAUGGUAAUGCACCACAGCCAGUUGAUGAUGUUCAGCUCCAAACUAAAGGGCUAUAUCACAGUUUUUUUCCUAAUAACCUGAAAUCUUUUGUUGUCUUGUUCAAAUCAGUUUUGACCUACUGAUAUUUAAAAACACUAGAGUCUUGAAAAGACUGACUUAAUUGCUGAAACUGUACUUUUAAACAAUAAAAUAUGUCAAAAAAUGUUGGAUUCAUAGCUUUCUCAAAAACAUAGUUAAAUUCUGUUUCUGUGCCAUGCAACAUUUAUGCAAAAACCGCCACUGUACCAGACAAUGCCUAAAGUUGUGAGCAAGACGUUAUGCUAUAAUCAUUUCAGUAAAGAUGCUUAGAUAAACACAGAAACAGUUCAAACUAAGUGAAACCAUAUAUUUCACGUACAUUUUAUAGUUUUCCAGGAGAAGAAAAAAGGCUUACCAACUGACAAUGUGUUUUGGAUUUUUUUUUUUCUGCAAAUACUGAUUUCUACCAUUGCUGCCUAACUAUAUAAACAUUUGUUUUGAUAAUUUAUUGAUUUGAACGCGACACCUAACCACAGCCGCUGUAUUUUUAUAUUUUUAUUUUAAAUCUCUGAAACAAAAGGCUUCAAUAAUUCAAAGAAGAUCAUUUCCUGGUCUGGUAAUUUAAGACCAUUUACUUUAAUUGAGUGUAAGGAGUUCACACUUGUGCUUACCAGGCCAUCACAGAUGAACAGGAGCAUUUUCUAUCGGAAACAAGAGGCAGUGUUUAAAUCCAAUCACUGGAGCAUCAUAUUUAAUUUAAUUUAAUUUUUAUGACCGUGGACAAAAAUGGUGAAAAAAAUACAUUGGUGUAUAUUGCUAUUAAAUACUAAAACAUAAUCAUAAACCCUAAAAUAUCAAACACUGUGCUAAACCUUUUCAGUGAUGAAUUAUGUAUUGGAUUAACGAGUCCUUCAUUGAGGCAAUGGAGUAUUAUCAUUCACUAAAGGCACAUAAAUCUGUCUGAGAUCAGCCUUCCACAGUGGCAGAAAUGUCAUUAAUUGUUAAUCAGACAACAGAGCCAGCCUGUCAUGUUUUCUAUUAAAGAAUUUAUUUUAGGCCAUUAGAGAUGCGGGCUGCAAUCUUCUUCUCCACUGUGAAAAUGCAUGUGUGUGACACAGCAUUGUGUUCCUCAUUUAGUUGCGUGCAUUCUGCUGUCCCCAGAUGUGAGCCACUGACUGUGACAUAAAAGGGUAAAAAAAAGGGAAAGUUCACUUGGUGCUUUUUGCUUCAUUUAUGUUCAUUUGAAAACUCCCUCCUUCCUUACGACAAAUAACAUUUUGUGUCUGAUAAAACCCAAGUACUACUGGAACACCGAUCUUCCUUACAGGCAAACUCACGAAUAAUCACUUCAGGUUUAAUGGUAAUCCUGUGUGUGAUUUUCUUUGUCAGCGCCAUGGUGGGAAGCUCACUCUAGCCUUCAGCCAAGUGCUAACUGCUACUCAACAUUUAAAACAGGCUGUUUUACUCCAACCUGCCGCAGAGUUUUGGCGGAAAAUAAACAAAAAUCAUGGAUUUGCUUGAGGCAAUUUUACAAAUAACCUCUUUAUGCUGCAAUUUUAACUGCUGGUUGCUGUAUGUGUUUAUGUGAUUAGAUUAGAGAUGCUGUUAUCACAAGAUGCAGAGUAAAGUGGGAUAUGUGGUCCAACUUGGUGAUUGAGCCUGGGGCAUGAAUUUUCAUGUAUCCCGAAAACUGAUUAUUAACAAAAAAAAAAAAACAGCUCAAAACCUACUUGAAAGUAACCACCCCCUUCUAUCAUAACAUGUAACUGUAGAUACAGUGAAAGCCAAAAAAAUAUAUUUGACAAUAUGUGGUUGAUAAUUUGUUAGUGGGAUAACCAAGCUUUUUUUUUUCUUUUUUCUUUUUAGAAACAUCUGAACAGGACAUAUGGGCAUCAAAUAUUCUAAGA